AUGAUGCACUUCGAAAGAAAAGAAAAAUCUUCAGGGGCGGCCCGGCUGUCCAUCCGUUGCGAAUUGAGUCGUCGGACGUGCCGAUCUGCGUUCUGCAGCAGUGCUCUGCAGGAAGACUGCAUCAAAACACGAAAAUGUGCUGAUCUUUUCUUCUUUCGUUGCAAUCAUCGUCAACGCAAAUCUAUGUUGGAGCAGGCGUCUGCGAGCUUUCGGCAGCUGUUGCACGAAGUGAGAACGCGAGAGGAUGCCGUUCGGAGCGACGUGGAGGUCAUGCCGAAAAGUAAAUGA